GAUUUCGGGUUUGGUUCUGCUCGAGGAUCCGCUGCAUUCGUCGUUAUUUCGCCCGUGGAGUUGCACAUCGUGUCGCCGCCGCCUCUGAGAUCACGCCAUGAACGUGGAGAAGCUGAAGCGCCUGCAGGCGCAGGUUCGCAUCGGCGGCAAGGGCACGCCCCGCCGCAAGAAGAAGGUCAUGCACCAGACCGCCGCCACCGACGACAAGAAGCUUCAAAGUUCGCUCAAGAAGCUAUCGGUUAGCACAAUACCCGGCAUCGAGGAGGUCAACAUUAUCAAGGAUGACCUGACCGUGAUUCACUUCAACAACCCGAAGGCCCAGGCCUCUCUCUCGGCCAAUACGUUCGCCGUCACCGGGCACGGUGAGACGAGGAAGGUGGUGGAGAUGCUGCCGGAUAUAUUGCCGCAAUUGGGUCAAGAAACCGUGGUCCAACUCCGGAUGUACGCCAAUUCCAUGAACCAGCAAAAGGGAACGGCAGGCGGAGAAGGAGCAGCCUUGCCCACUAGUGCGGAGGAGGAAGAUGAAGUUCCAUUGCUAGUGGGGGAUUUCGAUGAGGUGGCCAAGGUGGAGGCUUCUGCUAAGCAGGAGCAGCCGCCGAAGAAGGAGGAGCGCAAGAAGCAGGAGUCAAAGCCACAGCAACCGAAGCCCCAGGAGGCAGCAAAGCCCAAGGACAAGCAGGACAACAAGAAGGCUCAGGGCCAGGAAGGCAAGAAAAAGGAGCAGCAGCAGGGAAACAAGGAUAAACAGAAUAAGAACAAAGACCAGGGCAAGGAUCAAGCCAAAGAUCAAGCUAAGGAUCAAGUCAAGGAUCAAUCAAAGGAUCAAGCAAAGGCCCAGCCACAGGCUCCACCAGCUGACAAAGAGAAGCCUGUCCAAGCUGCAGCAGCUCCUCCAGCACAGGAUCUUCAGAAACCACAAGCUAACCAGGAGCAGAAGAAGGAAUCUCCAAAACCCACUGAACAAAAGCUGGAGAAACCUAAGCCGACCGACCAAAAGUCACCUCAACCAAAGACCAGCGAAGCCAAGAAAGCGGAGCCCCAACCCAAACCAGCUGCUCCCAAAGCCGAACAGAACGCUCAAAAUGUAGCCCCUGAAGCCAAGAACCAAGCAGAAAAACCAAAGGUUGAGGUCAAAGCAGUAGCAGCGGAGCCAAAACCUGAGCCACCCAAGGCCUGGGGAGCUCCCGGUGUCCAGACCCUGGCCCAGAUUGUGGCUUCGGAGCCACCCAAACCGGCGGAGAAACCAACUUCAGAAGCAACUCCGGCUUCAAAAAUUGAAGAACCAAAAAAGGUGUCACCUCCUGUCACUCCGCCAGCUAAAGUGGAGCCCACAAUUGCUUCUACGGCAGCCCCAACCACUGCGGCAGAGCCUCCUAAGAGUGUGGCUUCUCAGGAAGUUUCGCCGAAGAGUGCUCCCAAGCAAGAAUCACCUACCAAGAGUGCUCCCCCAGCAGAGGUGCCUCCGAAGGGAGCUCAGGAAAAGCCAAAGCAAGGGUCUCCUCCCAAGAAUGCUGCGGAGAAGCCAAAGCAGGGAACUCCUCCCCAGAAUACUGCGGCGAAACCAAAGCAAAUGACUCCGCCACCGGCCAAGCAAUCGACGACACCACCCGUAGAGGCCGCCAAGCCACCAGCCACCGAAGCUGCCAAGGCUCCGACUCCUGAAGCUGCCAAGGCUCCGGCUCCUGAAGCUGCAAAGGCUCCGGCUCCUGAAGCUGCAAAGGCUGCCGCUCCCCAAGCUGCCAAGGCUCCAGCCACCGAAGCUGUCAAAGUUCCAGCUCCUGAAGCAAUCAGCGCUCAGCCAACCAAAGCUCAAGAGCCAGCUCCAGCUGCUCCUGAAAAGCCAGCAGAGACUCCAAAGCCAGUGGCAGAAGCUGCACCUGCUCCUGCUCCCACUGCCAAGGAGACGCAGCCACCCAGCAAGCCAGUGACGCCACCAUCUUUGACUCCAGCGACAGCUGCAACUCCCACAGCAGAGGCUCCUUCACCAGUGGCCCCCUUAACGCCACCAUCGACUCCUACCUCGGCUCCACCUUCUGCGGCGGCUGGGACACCGCCGUCGCCAGCUGCUGCCGUGACUCCACCAUCGCCAACGGCUGCAGUAAAUCCCCAGCCACAGAAGCAGGCGCCUCAGAAGAAGCCAGAGCCAGCUGGAGGACAGAAGCCCAAGCAGCAGCAGCAGCAGCAGAAGCCACAGCAGGCACAGAAGCAGCCACCAGGAGGAGGAGGAGGGGGAAACAAGCCUCAGCAGCAGCAGCCACAGCAGCAGAAGCAGGCAAAUCCCAAUGCCAAUGCCAAGCCAGCAGUGGCACCAAAGCCAGCUCAGGCCACUGGAAAGCCUUCGCCUCCAAAGACAGCCAAUCCGGCAAAUCCCCAGCAGCAGCAGCAGCAGCAGCAGGCCAAGCAACAGGCCAACAACAAGGCAUCGCCGCCCAAGCAGACAGGAGGACCACAGCAGAAGCCGGCGACAAACUCACCCAAGGGCACGCCCUCGCCCAAGGCGGCCGCCUCGCCGAAAGCCAACUCCCCCAAGACCGGAACACCGCCCAAUCCUAAUCCGAAUCCCUCGCCCGCUGCAGCCUCUCCUCCGGCUCCUUCUAGCGGCACCAAUUAAUCCUAACCAGAUUCAAUCUUUCGAUCGGCAAACCUUGCAUUUUGAACUUACCGCGCAUUUUCAGACUCAAUUUUUCGGUUUUUUUCAGUUGCAUCUUUAUUUUUUUCAGAGUAAAACCAGCUUUUUGAUAAU